CUCUUGCUAUUCUCCAGUAAAUGGCCAGUGAUAAUGUUAUGAUGUUUGGAAGCACCUGUAUUCUGGAAGCAGACACCAGGUGGUUGGCGCGACCCAGAGCUGAGGCGCGGAGUCUAACACACCGGGGGGUGUUCACCAGGGAACCCCGCAAGGGGAUUUGGGCUUUGCUGCCCCUGAUGUGCAGGUCGCGACCCUCUGCCUGGGUCACCUGGUAUCUUCACAGGAGUCCACAAGACAUAAACAUCGCUCUGAGGAAGAUCGUUCUUCUCCUGCGACCAGAGAAAGAGUUUGUGUCAGACGGAAACCACAUGAUAAUCCGAACACUCAGCACUUUCCGAAAUUACAUCAUGGACUUCAACCUGGGAGAAGAAUUUGAAGAAGAUCUCAGUGUCAUCGAUGGUCGAGUCUGCAAGACCACUGUGGCAUGGGAGGGUAACAAGCUGGUGUGUGUGCAGAGAGGAGAUGUGCCAAACCGAGGCUGGAAACAAUGGAUGGAGGGAGACCUGCUACAAGUGGAGCUGACGGCCAGGAAUGCUAUCAGCAAGCAAACCUUCCGUAGAGUCUCGUGAGGACAGCGAAUUCACAAUCUCUAUUUUCAUAGCUAUUACUAUUAGUCCUUUGUCCUAUACAAAUAAAUAUUUUAACCUAUCUA